ACGUGUUGCGUCAUCAGUUGACAGAUUGUGAUGGCGGAUGUGCCCGAAGUAGACGCCAUGAAGAAUUUCCAUGGAGGUUUCGAGAAAAUAGAUAAAGAAAUGAGCCGUUAUCCGUAUUGUAUUGUUUGGACACCGAUUCCUGUCCUAACGUGGUUCUUUCCUUUCAUCGGUCACAUGGGGAUCUGCACAUCCAGUGGGAUUAUUCGAGAUUUUGCUGGACCAUAUUUUGUUUCUGAAGACAAUAUGGCCUUUGGGAGACCAACAAAGUACUGGAAGCUGGAUGUCACCAAGGUGUACAGUGGAAGCACCAAUGCUUGGGACGUGGCAGUGCUCGAUGCCUCUGAAGAAUACAAACACAGAAUGCACAAUCUGUGUUGCGACAACUGUCAUUCCCAUGUGGCCAUGGCCCUCAAUUUAAUGCGCUAUAACAACAGUUCCUCUUGGAACAUGGUCAACCUCUGCUUGUUCACGCUCAUCUACAGCAAACAUGUCAGCUUCGUGGGGUUCCUAAAGACUUGGCUGCCCUUCCUGAUGCUGACCGGAGUGGUCGUCACCAUCGCCCUGGCUUUCAACCUGCGAUAACUGAGACGCAGGAAACAGGCGUGUGGACAGAAACACAUGCAUGAAGGAAUUCAGGACUGCUUAAAAAAAAAAGCAAAGACACAGGACAUCUACAGUUAUAACAAACCGACAAGCAAAAUGAUCAUUGAUUGUGAAUCCACACCUAUGCUUCCAUUUGUUGUCCUCUCUAAACUGGAUGUCCUGCUGUAGACUGUAUAUUGAUGACUGACUGUAUGCCAGUCCUCUGUACCCUGGAGAACGCUACAGAGCGUUUCAGACAUGGAUGCGGAUCACCCCAACUGUGUCCACACAUCCACAUGUGCUUGUUCAGGUUUGAUAAACAGUGGGUUUCAGACAGCCAGAAAUUCUGUAAUCUAUGUAUUGUAUUCACAAACCGGUUACAGCAAAAUCUAUGAUACUUGGAUAAAUGCCAGCCCAUAUUUUCAUAUCUGAGCAAAAGCCCAUUCUUCUUGGUGCACUCGUGACUGUCACCGGCUUCAGUUCUGAGUGUUUUAAUUAAUUGAAGAUUCAUGGCAGGUACUACAGGGACUUUUUAAAAAGAUUGUAUUUUGUUUAUUCACGUUUUUUUACUGACUUGGUACGUAAUUGAUGCAUGGAUUGAAGGACUCAUUGUACUCUGAUGUUAAUGCUAUGCUGUAUAUAAAGAUGAAAAUAAAUACAAACAUGGUCUGUAAAAUUAA